AUUCUCUUCCUGCUCAGAUAAUUCACAAUCUUUGAACUCUUCAGAGGACGGAUCUCGCACUGGGAGAUCCCAUAAAAAGUGAGGAGAAAGGUACUUAGUUCCAUCAAGCUUAGAUACAGUUUCACACAUUGAAAUAUAAUCUCUCUUGUUACAAGAGUCCAUAAAAUGCGUAUCUUCCAUAUACUUCUCCCUUGAUUGUAAGAAAUUUAAGAUCUCGUUACGAACUGUGAGCAAUUUUCUGACCAAUUUGCCUCAAUACUUAGAACCCUUCAAAUGGCCAGCUCCGCUCUUACGCAUGUACUCAAGCAUAGUGUCUGAAAAUUUCAUAUUGAGUACAACUUCUUUUGGAUCAGACUCUUUAAGCUCUUUCCAUUUCCCUUUGAUAGCCCUCUUUUUAUUCAUUCUUUUAAGGUACUCACUAAAUUUCAUAUUCUUACUCGCUGCUACGUAGCAUUUAUUAUCCUUAGAUAUCAUAUAUUCCAUAAUAUCUGCAAAUGCAUUCUUAAUAACCUGAACCCUGUCGCUGUUCCACUCAGCAAUAUCACCUGCUGCCAUUGUAAGCUGGCUCAAUCUUACAUUAUCAGGAUUCUCACUCAGCAUUUUUGGAAUCUGAUAAUACGCAAAAUUCUCAUGAAUCUUCAUCUUCUCUUUAAACCCUCUCUCACAACUCCGCCCUCCUUUAUAAUCCUUCACAAGAGUCUUCAGAUUAGAAACUUCAGCCCUAAGGCUUUUAUUCUCUUCAACAAGCUGUUCAUUCCUCUUCUCCAACCCCCCAAUAUACUCCUUCUUCCUCCUCCUAUAAUCCCUUGACCUAACCCUCCCCGUCUUCACAUCCCCAAAAUCCCCCUCUUCCCUCUCCACUUCCUCACUCUCCUUCAUCUUUAA